AAAUGCGUGGAUGCGGGGCAGAAAUCAUCAUUCUGUCUUCCGUACUUUCACCAGAAACGUCAAAAAACUUUCCAUACUUACAAACUAAACACAGCAAUAAAAACAGCAUCGCAAACAGACAAACUCAUAGCACCUGCAAAUAAAUUAGCUACGAAUCAAACAAAUUUAAACACACCCACAAAUACUAAUGACGAAAAUGCACUUAAGGCAUUAAAACCCAAUCCAAAGCCCAUCAAUACUAAAAUAAUUUCUCCCACACAAACACAUCUACAUCAAACCAAGCCGCCAAAGCCCGCCAAUACCCCGUCGCCCCCUUUCCAUACUUACAAACUAAACACAGCAAUAAAAACAGCAUCGCAAACAGACAAACUCACAGCACCUGCAAAUAAAUUAGCUACGAAUAAAACAAAUUUAAACACACCCACAAAUACUAAUGACGAAAAUGCAAUUAAGGCAUUAAAACCCAAUUUAAAGCCCAUCAAUACUAAAAUAAUUUCUCCCACACAAACACAUCUACAUCAAACCAAGCCGCCAAAGCCCGCCAAUACCCCGUCGCCCCCUUUCCAUACAUACAAACUAAACACAGCAAUAAAAACAGCAUCGCAAACAGACAAACUCAUAGCCCCUGCAAAUAAAUUAGCUACAAAACAAACAAACUCACACACUCCUACAAAUGCUAAUGACAAAAAUGCACUCAAGGCAUUAAAAUCCAAUCCAAAGCCCACCAUUACAAAAACAAUUUCUCCCACACAAACACAUUUACACCAAACCAAGCCGCCAAAGCCCGCCGAAACCCCGUCGCCCCCUUUCCUUGCCUACAAUUCAAACGCAGCAAUAAAACCAGUCACCCAAACAGACAAACACAUAGCACCUGCAAAUAAAUUACCCGCAAAACAAACAGACCUAUACACAUCAGCAAAUGCUAAUGACAAUAAUGCAUUCAAGGCAUUAAUAUCCAAGCCAAAGUCCAUCAAAACCCCGCCGCCCCUCUCCCAAAAGGUUAGCCCAAACACAACAAACUGUCUUCCGACCCAAAACAAUAUUCCUUGCAAAACUUUUGCGGAACUAGUCAAAGAAAAUGCUAAGCUCUCCUCUAGCCAAAUACCUGUUGCAAAUCAUGACACUGCAACUCCAGUACGCCUACCGGGAGCAGCUAGGAGGAACCUUACAAAAACAUUGGGUUCUCCUAAAACUCCUGGGAAGCGACGCGGGGAUAUAUUAGAUGAGGGAUCACUUUUAACAUCGAGCAAAAAGGUUAGACUACGCGACGGUCUUCCUGACGAUGAUCUAGGAGUCUCUAACUUGCUUUCUGAAACACCCCUUUUCAAAAGCAAAGUCGCCAUAAAAAUACGAGAUGACUCUAGAAGAGAAUCCCUACAAAAGUCAGCCGAAAUGGACAUAGGACCAAACCCUAGCCCCCCAAAUAAAACAGCAAACCCCAACUCAAUGCCCUGGCAGACGGUUCCAGUCAGUAAGAAGCCGCCCUCAAUCCUAUUAUCCAAUAUUCAGCAGAUCAUCCCGCUGAUUGAAAAGCUGAAUUACAAAGCUGGGAUAAACAACUUCACUACAAAAUCCGAACCUGGCAGUAACAUUAGAAUACAUGCUAAAACUAUGGAAGCCUACAAAGCUAUCCAAAACGUCCUUCAAGACGAAAACAUUCCUCGACAUUCUCACCAACCAAAAGGCCUAAAGGGUUUCCAAAUCGUUAUCCGUCAUCUGCAUCAGUCUACCCCGAUUAAGUGGAUUGAAAGCCAACUACAGGAAAUUGGUAUUGCUACGAAAUUUAUUAGGGCGAUGCAAUAUAGGGAUACCAAGAAUCCUAUGCGGAUACACGAGGUGGAGUUGGUACCCAAAGCAGACGGUAGCCAUCUCAAGGUCCUGCAGCUAAACUCUCUUGGUGGGCAGACGAUUAAGGUAGAAAGAAAACGGGUAUCUAGGGAUCCCAUCCAAUGCCACCGAUGCCAAAGCUUUGGCCACACAAAAAACUACUGUAGGAACCCCUUUAAAUGCAUGAAAUGUGGCCAGCAGCACGCCACGGUCUUGUGCAAUAAGCCCAAACACAUUCCGGCUUACUGUGCGAAUUGCAAGGGAAACCACGUAAGUAGUUACAAGGGAUGUCCAGUCUUCCAGGAAGCAAAGCAAAGGUUAGCCGUCAACAAAGUUCGAGACCAACACACACAACAAACACAACACACACAACCCACACACCCCCAGAUGCCCCACAAAGAGAAGCCCCAUCUACCUCCUACUCCAAUAUCCGCACAUGAUACAAAACUACGAGGAAAAAAAAGCCAUGGGAAAGCAUUAACAAAAAGGAAUCAGUCCAUAAAUAAACGCCUAAAUAGAAUUAGGACCUUUGAAAGGAAACCGAAGAAGGAGUCAAGCCCGCCGACAACUAGCAAACUUAGUAUUGCUACGUUAGAGAAAGAGCGAAAAAACCCGAAAAGCGUCCUAAACCCGGCAAACACCCAUCUGUAUCACUUCCGUCCACCCCCAAUGGCACAAAAUCUACCCGAAGAGAUACAGAAAAACGCGAUCCCCGAGCCAAAUCUUCUAAAACGCAUAGAAAGCAUGGAAGAGAAGAUAAACAACCUUCUUGAGAUAGUCACUCGCCUCGUCCAAAAAGAUGCAACUGGCCGAAUUUUCCCGAAAAAUCCCUCCGAGGCAAAAGGACAAAUCUUUGUCUAA